GUAGCGUUGUGGAAGACGAAACAGAAAAUGAGAAGCGCGUGAAGAAAGGCAAAGAGAAGCAGAGAUAGGAGUGUGCGCGUCGAAACCGAAGGGGCUUGGAAGAGGCUCUUUAUCGGAGGUGGUUUAUUCACCUCCGGAUUCCCCCAACAUGAAGAGUCUCUUCAAGUCGAAGCCCCGAACUCCCCAAGAUAUCGUUCGCCAAACCAGAGAUCUUCUCCGUCUCCUCCAAAACACUCAACGCGAUGACAAGAUGAUCGAGUUGUGUAAGGAUAUUAGGGAGCUUAAGUCAAUCCUCUAUGGGAACAGUGAAUCCGAACCCGUCCCUGAAGCCUGUGCUCAGCUCACUCAGGAGUUCUUUAAGGAUAACACACUGCGACUCCUCAUCCAAUGCCUUUCCAAAUUGAACUUGGAGGCAAGAAAGGAUGCUACUCAAAUUGUUGCGAAUUUGCAGAGGCAACAGGUUCAGUCUAGGCUGAUUGCGUCUGAUUACUUGGAGACAAAUAUGGAUCUUAUGGAUGUUUUGAUAUCUGGCUAUGAAAACACAGAGAUGGCUUUACACUACGGUGCAAUGUUGAGGGAGUGCAUAAGACACCAGAUUGUUGCAAAAUAUGUUCUGGACUCACCUCAUAUGAAGAAGUUUUUUGACUACAUUCAACUUCCAAAUUUUGACAUAGCUGCAGAUGUUGCAGCAACUUUUAAGGAGCUCUUGACAAGACAUAAAUCUACUGUAGCUGAAUUCCUUUCGAAGAAUUAUGAAUGGUUUUUUGAUGAAUAUAACACUAAGCUGUUGGAAUCUUCCAAUUAUAUUACAAGGCGUCAAGCUGUCAAGUUGCUGGGUGAUAUGUUACUUGAUCGUUCAAAUUCAGCUGUAAUGACACGAUAUGUCAGCUCAAGAGACAACUUAAGGAUUUUGAUGAAUCUUCUACGAGAGUCAAGCAAGAGCAUACAGAUAGAAGCAUUUCAUGUUUUCAAGCUGAUAUCAUCAGCAUACUUGUUGCAAAUAGAAGCAAGCUUCUGAGACUGUUGGGUGACUUAAAAAUGGAUAAAGACGAUGAACAGUUUGAAGCAGACAAAGCUCAAGUAAUGAAGGAAAUUGCUGGGCUUGAACCUAGGGACCGUGCUUGAGCUUCAGGCUGUGUGAAGUAGCAAGUUGCAUUGCGACAUUUUACUUUAUUUAAUUGUCUAUUAUUAUACUUCUGUUACUCUUCAUCAAGAUGAAGCUAACAUUUCACCCAAAUUCCAAUAUUUUCAUUCUGUAAUUUCUUUUCGGUUCUGUAAAUUCUUUGGUAAAUAAAUUGCUGAAAAGAGCUACAUGCAGUAGCAGUAUAUAGCUUUCCUGAUGUUAGAAAGCUUUGCCUAGUCAGCUAGUGUAUAAAUUGUACGAGGUCAUGCGUUAGUCCUAUUACCUACAAUUUGUAUGACUUAUUUGUUCUGUUAUUUCUUCAUGAUGGCCUGCUGGAGCGCAAUGUUCCUGUACAGUUU